AUGCGUAGCCUUUACGGCCUACGCCAGGCUCCUCUUAAGUGGUAUAACACCCUCAAAGGCGUUCUUCUAUCUCUUAGCUUCACGCGCACCCAUGCUGACCACUCUGUUUUCAUCCAUGCGGGCAAACGUAUCCAUAUCCUCGUCUAUAUAGACGAUAUACUUCUUCUAUCCCCAAAGGGGACUGGUUCCAUUGAGCUACUGAAGGUUAUCCUUUCGAGGCACUUCCAGCUCACGGACAAUGGUGUUAUGAAACGUUUCCUGGCAAUAGACAUCGUGCACCUCGCCGGCGACGUCUAUCUCUCGCAGGAAGCCUAUAUCGACAAGAUUUUGUCUCGCUUCACCUUUUCUUCUGUUAAACCCAUUCAGACGCCUUUUAAUAAUAAAGAGGUUCUUUCCCCUUACGAUUCCGGUGCCCAAGCCACCCCACAAAUGGUACAGCUUUACCAAGAACAAGUUAGUUCGCUCGUGUGGGUGGUAGUGUCCACCAGGCCUGAUAUCUCCUGGGCAGUCUGCAAGCUUGCGAAAUAUUCACACAAUCCAUCUUCCCUGCACUUCCAGGCUAUCAAACGUGUCUAUCGGUAUCUAAAAGGCUCCAAAAGUCUAUGCCUUCAUUUUUCUCACUAUCCUGCGGUUGGUCUCGCCUUAUUCGCCUACGUGGAUGCCUCAUGGGCAAGCCCGCACGACGAUAAUCGGCUCUCGACCACCGGCUAUGCCUUCAUAUUAGCCGGCGCCGCAAUCAUCUGGCAAUCAAAGAGGCAAACCCUUGUCACCCUCUCUUCCACGGAGGCUGAAUACGUUGCGGCAUGCCUCUGUUGCCAGGAUCUAUCCUAG